UAAAGAGAUUGUUUUUGAGCUGCUUUCACUUAUCCUAAUCAUCAAGCCAAAUGAGAAGCAGCUGUUUCACCUGUCAGAGAGUCUCCACAUAUUCAAAGAUGAAAGUCUGCAGUAGAGACUUCAUUUUGGUGACGUUUAUUUCAUUAUCGCUGCUUCUUUUCAGAUGUGAAGCUCUUGCUGCAUCAAAGCAAUUUCAAGCCACAGUCCAUAACACUAUGAAUGACUAUACACCGAUUUGCCAUGAUGGGUACAUGUCUGUUUACAUAUCGAAGCUGCAAUUUGCUGAUCUUCCUUUCACCAUUUAUGUUCAAGACAACCACAAGGGGUAUUACCAAGCGCUUGCUGUGGCAAAACAGUGCCACUACUUCCUUGGUGAAACUGACACCUUUAGCAUCUUAACAGUUGCUUCCCAUGGUUGCUUUGUGAAAAGAAAGGAAUAUAUGACAAAUCUGACUGUUGUCAUCAUGGCACUUGUGGACAGAGGAAGACUUGAAAUUGUUAAGUCAAUACCUCUCAUCUGUAUAAGGAAAAUUAAAGAGGUGAACAAAAAUGAUUAUCCACUGGUGUUAAAACAUUUUUCCUGCAAUAAGGAUGGGUUCAACAUUACCAUCCCUCAGAAUGCCACAGUCCCACCUCUGAAUCUGGAUGUAGUAUGGAUCCCUUCAAACCAAAGCAACUGUAAACCCCAGAAAAGAUCCAAGGAUGCUGUCACUUUCAGCUUUCCAUUCACUGACUGCGGCACUCAGUCCAUGGUAAAUACAGCAGAUGGGAUUAUAACCUACUGGGUCAACAUUGAGGUGAAACAGCAUCCGCGGAGAGGCUUUAUAUUUCGUGACCCUCCUUUUAGUCUUACUGUGCGUUGUAGCUUUGCACUGGCCAAAAUUACUCAGCUGGGUAUCACAGUUCAGAAAGAAAAGUACCCAUCAACACUGAAGGGUGAGGGACUACUGAGGACUGAAAUGAGGUUUGCCAAAGAUUCCAAUUACAGGUCUUUCUAUUCCUCUCGUGACCCUCCAGCAGUGACUGAGCUUGGGCAGCCUGUAUAUGUGGAGGUUUUUGUUCUCAAACAUGAGGACAAGGAUUUAGAGCUGCUGCUGGAGGACUGCUGGGCAACGCCGACUAAUAAUCCACAUGACGCACAGAGAUGGAACCUGCUUGUUAAAGGAUGCCCUUUCAAUGGUGACAGCCACAGAACUGUGGUGCUGCCAGUAGUCUCCAGUAAGGAGCUGAAGUAUCCUGCUCUUCAUAAGCGGUUUGUGGUCAAGCUGUUCUCAUUUGUGAAGUCCCCAGAAUUUACAAAUCUGGUAUAUUUCCAUUGUGAUAGUGAGUUUUGUAAGGGACCAAAUUGUUCACAGUCCUGCAGCAAUGGGAGGCGUAAAUUAAGAGGAAUCACACCGAGGCCGGGGCAAAGAUUUCUUUACAGUAUAGUCUCUGGUGGACCUCUUCUUUAUGUACUAUAAAUAACCAGAAAAACAACUGUUAUUUCAAGUCAUAUUUGGAAGCAGAUGUCCAUGAUUUGUAAUGAAAAUAAAUCAAUACCUUAGUAUAAUCGCCUUAAAUAGGAAUUGUUUUCUUUCUCAGCUAAGUUGCUGAUUUUAUUAAAUUAACCUUUUAAAGCGGCAUAGAUAGAUACAUAGGCUCAUGAUAUAAAAGAUUUGCAGUAUGUUACAUAAUUGUAUACAUUUUAUAUAAUGUUUUAGUAGUAAGUAUCCAAUGUUUGUUUUUUUGCAUCACUAUGCUGUCUCUUUGUUUAUAUUGGAUGGUUUUGCACAUAGAUUAUGUAAUAUGUGGCUUAAUCUAUCUUGUGCCUUAUGGUUUGUGCUCAGACAACAUCAUAUUGGCUGAGCCACAGGUGUAAAUAUGUGGCUCUAAAUUCUGCUUUUGCUGAAAGUGAACAGUCAGUAUAAUGAUUACUUUGAUUUAUUUCAUAAAUAGGCUUUUCGACAGAUGAGAACCAAUUCACUUAAUGGCUUUUUAUAUUCGUUUUGUAGCAUUACCUGGCGGUUGUUGCAUAUUU